GAUCAAGCCAAGAUGGAGGACGGAAGCAAAACAAUGUUUUGUGCUUUUGUUUUUGUUUUUAUUACCAUAACGGCGUGCAGUGCUGCUAAAUAUGAUCCGACUUGGGCGUCUUUAGAUGCCCGUCCUUUACCUACUUGGUACGACGAGGCAAAAUUUGGUAUUUUCAUCCACUGGGGUGUGUUUUCGGUUCCAAGUUUCGGCUCAGAAUGGUUUUGGUGGAAUUGGCAGGGAGCAAAGAGUCAGGCAUAUAUCGAUUUCAUGAAAAAGAAUUAUCCACCAAACUUCACAUAUGCAGACUUUGCUCCCAAGUUUACAGCUGAAUUUUAUGACCCAAAUCAAUGGGCAGACAUCUUCAAAGCAUCAGGAGCUCAGUACAUUGUCUUGACAAGCAAACAUCAUGAGGGUUUCACCAACUGGCCCUCCAAGGUCUCCUGGAACUGGAAUGCCUAUGACAAUGGACCCCACAGAGAUCUUGUAGGAGAUCUUGCAACUGCCAUCCGUAGCCGUACCAACAUCCACUUUGGUCUCUACCACUCUCUAUUUGAAUGGUUCCAUCCUCUCUACCUUCAGGACAAAGCUAACAAAUUUCAGACCAACAAGUUUGUCAUGGAUAAAACUCUCCCUGAGUUGAUGGAGAUUGUUAAUGCCUACAAACCAGAUGUUAUCUGGUCAGAUGGUGAUUGGGAGGCAAAAGAUUGGUACUGGAACUCUACAGACUUCAUUGCGUGGCUUUAUAAUGAAAGCCCAGUGAAGGACACAGUAGUGACAAAUGAUAGAUGGGGCUCUGGUACUGCAUGUAAGCAUGGCGGCUACUACACAUGUUCCGAUAGGUAUAACCCAGGAGUUCUCCAAAAGCACAAGUGGGAGAACUGUAUGACAAUAGACAAGGCUAGCUGGGGAUACAGGAGGAACUCUGGACUUGCUGAUUAUCUCUCCACUCAGGAACUUAUCACAGAACUUGUAGAAACAGUCAGUUGUGGAGGUAAUUUGCUGAUGAAUGUUGGACCAACGCAUGAUGGAAGAAUCGUGCCUAUCUUCGAAGAACGUCUUAAAGAUGUUGGACAGUGGCUUAAUGUGAAUGGCCAGUCUAUCUUUAAGUCAAAACCAUGGGCACAUCAGAAUGAUACUGUAACAAAGGGCGUGUGGUACACAAUGGGCAAGUCUGAAACUGGAACGAGCGUGUAUUCUAUUAACCUGCAGUGGCCUAUGACCAACAGUUUGGAGCUAGGAGCAGUUACACCCAACGAUAACCUCAAAGUCUCCCUUCUUGGCUAUGCAGGGACAUUUAACUGGCACAAGAGAACAGGUGGUGGAAUUGUGGUUGAAAUUCCCCCCAUUCCUGCCAACCAAAUGCCCUGUCAAUGGGCAUGGGUAUUCCGUCUUGAUGGACUAGUAUAAGUCAAAGGUUUAGCAUUCUUUAAGUGCAACAACUUUUGCUCAUUUGCUCUUCAUUCAUUUCUGCGUAUUGCAAUUUGAACACCAACAAUGAAGUAAUUUUCAGAGUUUAACUUAAAGUAAACCAAUAUAUAGUACUAUAUACUCUUGCAAUGGAAAUUAGAUUAAAUGUUGUUUUUUGCAAAUAUUUCUGUACAUUAUUUUUAGAAUAUUUUUAAUUAAAACUAUCAAAUGUAUCUCAAACACUCAAGCAGCUGAACGAUGUAUAUAUACCUGUAUACAGUAUUUUUUCUAUUUAGAGUAGUACAUUUACUAUUGCAGGAUAAUAACAUAAAAAUAUAAAAUAUUCUCAAAAUAUACCAUCCUUCUAUAUUAUGUAGUCAGGCAUUUAGCAUCUUGAUAUUAUCAUAUUGGGUCACUGUACUGUUUUCUGUACCUUGCGGUAGAAUGUAAAGUUUACAUGUUCAUACUUCUUGCAGUGUUAUGUCAUGGUUAUGUAGUACAAUGUUACCAAAGAUACUCAUACAGUGCACCAGACUGUAUACGUCGUAUAUAUGCAUAGUCCCAAUGUUGACAGAAAGAUGCCAGCUCUGAGACUAGUACUCUCUCUACAAUCUCCUAGCAUUUCGUUCAGUGUAAGGUACACAACGAAACUACUUUUGGAGAAAUGUGUCUACUUAAAAAAUAAAAUAUGCAGACAUAUCCCCUUCCAUCAUUCUGUCUACCUAGUCCCUAUGCAUAUAAUCUGUGUGCAAAUAAAUUGCAGUUAAUAAAUAAACAUUCCAUUAUGAUGAAAUUCAAGGUACAACAUGUUUGAGUUGCUGCACAGAACAUGAAUAAUGCAUAUUGUAUUUGUGUGUAAUUUGACAAGCGUUUUAAUUUGGAGAACCGGGCCAAUAUCUGUAAAAACAUUUGUCACUAGUUUGACGAUGUUUAUUCAAGGGUGUUUAUCAUAAAUAUAUGCCAAUUGUGACUUUCCUUAAAUGUUAAGCAUAGGGUUCCUUUCAUGUAUUAAUGCAAAUGCAAUGUCUGUGCCAUUCUAACCCUUGCAAAAACAUGAAAAUGCCACUUUAAAUAGAAAUAGAUUCCUUUGUUUGCAAUAUGCAAAAUGUCGAAGUAGUGCCAAAUUAAUCAUGCAUUAAAUGAUGGCUAUAAUUCAAACAUGUUGUAUUUUCUGAUAUUAUGCUAUUAGAUUUUCACAUCAAUAAAUCACUUUAAACGUACACAAUGAUAUUUUGUUCAACUUUCUAAAAACAGAUACAGAUAAAUAAUGUUGUAAUAGGUUAGGAUGACUUUACGUGUAC